UGACGUGUAAUCAGGAGAAUUGGCGGGAGGGGUGUUUAGAUAAUUACGAUGAGGAGGACUUUUCCUACGUCGAUGGUCCGGGAUUGACGAAGAUUCGCGGGAAGCGAGAGAUGGAGCGAUAUCUGAAGAAUCAGUUUGAUUUCUCCAGGCAGUUUUUGACGGUGGAGGACGAGGUGUGCUCGGUGGACGCCGCCGGCGAUGAUAAUUAUGUCGCGACGUGGCGGCUCGAUAUGCUUCUGGGGACGGGAGCGCUGCGAGACAUUCAGGGGAUCAGUGUUUUGAAAUUUGCUCCGGGUGAGUCGAACAAGAUUCGGUACCAUAGAGACUAUCUCCCGGACGGGCCCAUCUGGGAGCGAGCUCCGAUAGUGGGCCCUCUGGUGAAGCUACAGCGUCAGACGUACACGGCGUGCAUGCAAUCGGACGUCGGGUGCGCCAAGGUUUUAGGGGGCGUCGAGUAG